CUCCGUUUGCCAUUACCUUCUCCAGCUGCAGCUCCAGGAUUUCGUAGGUUAGAUUUUGGUCUCAAGUCUCAACACAUAUCUAGCACUCGAGCUUCUCGAUUAUUCAUCGCCCCGUACAAUAUAUAGAUUCGAUUCCUCUGGCACAUCCAUUAAUCAAUCGUCUUUGAAUCUAAUAAUUUUUAGGUGUUUGUCUUGAAUUGGGAAGGGUGAAGUGGGGAGAGAAAGAGGAUGUCGAGUCGAUUGAUGAAAAAGAUAUUGAAAGCGCAAGAAGAUGCUCUGCAGCAGCAACACGAGAGCGAGGAUGAAUCUGAUUCACCAGAUGCUUCAUCCGCUUCUCAAAGAAACCCAUUUGAUCUUCUUGAUGAGGAAGACUUUGAGGAGAAAGAGCAAACUGAUAAUAGUGAUGGUAUUGACCAGGUAGAUAAGACAGUGGUCACUGAAAGAUCCUCUAUCAGGAAAAAUGAUGAGAAGCAUUCCUCCAAAGGUGCAGAUACUAAUAACACAGUCCUGUCAUCUAAUCUGAGAUCAAAGAAAAAGAAAAAGAAAAACAAAAAGAAUUCGCAUACAACCACUGGAAAUCCUCAAAAACCAUUGGAUGAAACCUUGGAAAACUUAUCUAUUGAUGGAAACUCAUCUUGUCGUGAAUAUACGGCUUCUCAUUCGAGGCAAGAAAAAAUGUCAAACAUAAGUGGAACAAAUAAAUCUUCCAUUGCCACCUUACAAAUUGAUCCAAAAUUUCUAAGUGCUGAAAAUGAACUUCGGAGGAUAUUUGGGUCUAAAGUUGUGAGUUCUUUUGAACGGAAUAGUCAAAGUGGAAGUUCUAGACAGGCACAUGGCAGCAGACGUGGAGGUUCUAACCACAGGAAGACUCUACUUGUUCAUCCUUCCGAGCAUUGGCCACGAUGGGACGGUUCUCUUACCAUGGAACUAUUGGGAACCAAAGAUGGAAUCAAUUAUUUCAGGUACGCGCAUUUGGCAUCCUAUAGCCAAGCUCAGAGAGCAUUCGAAGCUGCAAAGGCGAUCCAUGACCUUAAUGGAAUUGUCAAUGUUCUCAUGCAUAAUCCAUACCACAUAGACUCCCUCGUCACGUUAGCCGAAUAUUACAAAUUUUCAGGUGAACUUCAAAUGUCAUCGGAUGCUAUUGCAAGGUGUUUGUAUGCUAUGGAAUGUGCGUGGCAUCCAAUGUUCACUCCCUUACAUGGUAAAUGUCAGCUCAAGUAUAGCCAUGAAACAAACAAGCCCUUCUUCUCCGUACUCUUCUCCCACAUGAAAAACAUGGACAGGCGUGGCUGUCACCGGUCUGCACUGGAGAUUUGCAAAUUGCUCCUAUCCUUAGAUUCAGAUGAUCCAGUCGGUGCCUUAUUCUGCGUUGACUACUACUCUUUGAGAGCGGAGGAGUAUUCGUGGCUAGAACGUUUCUCUGAAGAAUACAAAACUGAUAAUUCUUUGUGGUUAUUCCCAAAUUUCUCUUAUUCUCUCGCCAUAUGCUGUUUCAAGCUUGAAAAUCAAGAAAAAGAAGAUGCGACAAAGACUGAAUCUUUGAAAGCUGUCUCUACUGAUUUGAUGAAGCAGGCUUUGAUGCUUCAUCCUACCGUUCUGAAGAAGUUAGUGGCUAAGGUUCCUCUGAAAGAUCAAGCAUUUAACCGUAUAAUUGGACACGGUUUGUUUGCAUCUGAGAAAAGUGGGAGCUUAUCUUUGGAUCAUUUGGUUAAUAUAUAUGUUGAGAGGAAUUACCUCAUAUGGAGGCUUCCUGAUAUCCAGAAGUUCCUCAAGGACUCUGCACUUAUGGUGAUUGAAAUGCUGGAUCGAAAGGAAACAGAUGCUAGAGAUUGGACGUGUGUGCGAAAGGAGGCAUUUUCUUCCGACAAAAAUGAGUAUUCCCAUCUACUGGUGUCUGAAUUUUCAGAUUCAGUUCCAACUUUGCCCCCAGAUAACCUGCAAAAUUUCAUGGUUGACCCGAGAUUGGUGAACAAUGGAGGCGAACAACAAGCUGCAAACCGUCCCGUGAGGGAUCUGUCAAACCGAAACGCACUUGCAGUUCUUUUCGAGUCAAUGUUGCCAUGGGUUGACUUUGGUACCGAACACGUCGAAGAUCAUCCACAUGGUCAAGAAGGCUGAAAGUCUAAAAUGCCCCUCCUAACGAAACAAAAGAGAAGAAGAAGAAGAAAUGCAGAGCUUCACCUGGAUCUUGUGCAUGGAUGUAUUUUCCGGAUUUCUUGUGUUAGGUGCUGGAAAAUAUGUUGUGCAAGGAAAAAUAUUUUCCUCUUUCUUUGCAAUUCCGUGGAUUAAAUGUUGCUGAGGGAGUUUAUGUCAUAAACAGAGCAAUUUUUUUCUUCAAGAAAAUUGGGUUUCGUUA